AUGGUGCAAUUUAUCGCCGAAAAAAUCGAGGAACAAGCAAUAACGACUAACGGAAACGCUCCCUUCAAGGUCUUGGACUUGGGAACUGGAAACGGACAUCUUUUAUUUGCUUUAGGCGAUGAACUAGAAGAACUCGAUGUCAAUGCUGAAUACACGGGAAUCGAUUAUUCGGCAGAUUCUGUUCAGUUUGCCCACCAUAUUGCUCAGGAAAAGUAUUCUCUGCGCCAAUUCACUUUCCAGCGAGUAGAUCUCUUGUCAGAUGAUGCUUUUUUGUCAGAAAAAUUCGAUAUUCUUUUGGAUAAAGGCACCUUGGAUGCUAUAGCAUUGAACCAGGAACCACUUCCACAAUUUGAUGGUCGUAUAGGAAUGCAGGUGUACUCGUCGCAGAUUGAAAAACUUAUGCAUUCCGACUCAAUCUUCUUAAUAACCUCCUGUAACUUUACUGAAGAAGAAUUGACUCACCUUGUAACUAGCGGAACCCUGUUGGAAAAAUGGGACAGAAUCGAGUUUCCCUCGUUUGAGUUUGGAGGUGCCAAGGGCUCCACGGUGUGUAGUGUUGCAUUCAGAAAGGGAAGAGAGUAG